UCUCUUUAAUUUGCUUGUUCUUUGAUCUUUAAUUUAUCAGCCUUUUGUGCUCUCAAACCAAAAUGUAUCCUCAACCAAAGUUCUUUCUCUUGCUCUCUCUUCUGUCUCUCUCUCUCAAGAGCAUCGAAUGUGAUGAACCAGUCCCAACCAUUGAUUACAACACUGCGCUUCUCCUAAAGGUGGAUCAUGCAGGUCAGGGAGAUUUCAUCAAUGUUCAAGACGCCAUUAACGCAGUACCAUGCAACAACUCCAACUUAGUUUUCAUAUUGAUUUCUCCAGGACAGUAUAGGGAGAAAGUUAUGGUUAAUAGGCCGUUGGUGAUUUUGAGUGGGUCGGGAGCGGGCGAAAGCGUGAUUACAUGGAACGACAGCGCCGACUCCAGCGGAGGAACUUUCAAUUCUGCAACACUUACAAUAGAAGCUCCUGAUUUUGUUGCAAGAAGACUCACAAUUAGGAAUACAUAUGGUGCUGGUUCACAAGCAGUUGCAGUGAAGGUAUCUGAGGACAGGGCAGCAUUUUAUGGCUGCAAGUUCUUCGCUUACCAAGACACCCUUCUUGAUGACAAAGGAAGACACUACUACAACAACUGUUACAUUCAAGGAGCCACUGAUUUCAUUUGUGGCAAUGGCCUUUCUCUUUUUGAAAACUGCCAUUUGCAUUCGGUUUCAAUGACAAAGGGUGCUGUAACGGCGCAGAAGAGGGCAUCAGAAGAUGAUAAUACGGGCUUCAGCUUUGUGAAUUGCGUGGUUAGCGGCAUUGGAAAGGCCAUAUUGGGGAGAGCAUGGGGCGCCUUCUCUAGGGUCGUCUACGCAAAUACCUAUAUGUCCGACGCUAUACUCCCCUAUGGUUGGGAUGAUUGGGAUCAUUCCUCUAGCACGGUCUAUUAUGGUGAAUAUCAGUGUUACGGGCCUGGAUCUAAUCUAUCUGGAAGGGUUCCAUGGUCGUAUAAUCUCUCAACGGUUGAAGCUGCGCCAUUCCUAACUCAAACUAUGAUCGACGGCCAAGAUUGGAUCAGGGCCCCUCCAACAAAUUUUACUAGGCCCAUACAACCUUAUGGUCAAAUAGAGAAAAAGUCAUGUCACGAUAUUUUUAAUUGAUUGCCGGUCAUUCGUUAUUCCCUGUGACAGAUUAUUGAUUAUAUUUCCUUGAA